AUGCCAAAAUGCCUAAGCUACAAAUUCAACGACCUCAUCCCCAGUGGAUGGAAGACAAGAAAGUUUAAUGUUCUGCUGAGAAGAAAGGGGCAGAAAAACAAUAUUAAGUGCAUCCUGGUGCGUAAAAUUACAGAAAACUCCUUGCGUGUCGACAGGUCUACCAAAUGUCAAAGUGAGGACAACGCAUCUCUGGGAGAGCUAUUGAAGAACAAAUACUACCUUGCAGCCUUCAGGGAAUUUCUCCAGUCUGAGUUCAGCGAGGAAAACAUUGAGUUUUGGCUGGCGUGUAGAGAAUACAGAGAGUCCACAGCACCGGCCCACCGCUUCCUGAGGGCCACUGACAUCUACCAGGAGUUCCUCCAUCCAAUGGCUGUGAAAGAGGUCAACAUUGAUCAGUGCACACGGGACAAGGUCAAAAGGUCGAUGGCCGAGACCACCCCGUGGUGUUUCGACGAGGCUGAGCUCCACGUGCUCAGACUGAUGGAGAGCGACUCCUGGCCGCGGUUCCUGCGCUCCAGUGCCUGUGGGCGUCUCAGAACAGAGGGCCUUAUCUGGAAUUAA